UCAGUUGAGCCAAUGAUUGAAUCGGUUGAGGAAAAACCAGUCGAGCCAAUGAUCGAACCGAUUGAAGAAAAGCAAGUCGAGCCAACGGUCGAACCGACUGAGGAAAAUGAGCCGAUUGAAUCAGUUGAGGCAAUUCAAAUUGAAACAGUAGCGGAACCAACUCAAGCCGAAACAAUUCAAACGGAGCCAACUCAAACGGAGCCGAUUCAAACGGAGCCAACUCAAGCCGAAACAAUUCAAACAGAGCCAACUCAAACGGAGCCGAUUCAAACGGAACCAAUUCAAACGAAACCAAUUCAAACGGAGCCAACUCAAAUGGAACCAAUUCAAAUUGAGGCCAUCAAACGUGUCGACGAAAAGAAAAUUGAACCAACCGUCGAAUCAAUUGAGCAAAUUCAAAUGCAACCAUCGAUCGAACGUGUAUUAUCAAGCGAACCACUUGAAUCAAACGAACAAACCGAAAAGGUCGAGUCACCUGAAACAAUCGAAACAAUCAAGCAAAUCGAACCAACGGUUGAAUCGCCACAACCGUCGAUUGAAAGCACACCAGUCACACCGCCACCAUUGGCAAUGCAAACCGAUGAAGUUGCAGAAACAGAAGAGGCGCCCAAAGAAAUUGAGCAAAUCUUUUUGGAAGAGCCACAGCCAGAGUCAAUGGACGAUGGAUCACAAAGUGUUGAUCAAGCAAUCACGUCACAAACGGCCUCAAUUCAAUUGGCAAGCGAUGCGGAACCAAUGCAAGUGGAUGAAGUCAGUGUCGAAAACAAAGUGCAACAAAUUUUGCCAGAACAACCCGAAAUAUUAGAAUCGUCGCCAAAAGAAGCUGAAAAGUCAACGUCAAAGUCAAAAUCACGAUCAAAAUCGAAGAAGGAGUCAAAAGAAAAAUCAUCAUCAAGAUCAAGAUCAAGAUCGAAAUCCAAAUCAAAAUCAAAGUCAAGGUCACGCAAGAAGAAAGAUGAAAUCGUCGACUCAAGUGCACCGCUCGAUUACACGGUGAAACCGUCCAAACCUGAAGCGGAUAUCGAACAAGAACCGAUUUCAAUUCAAACAAUCGACGAACCAGUACAGCCAAUCAAAGAGUCUGAAGAAUUGCCAAUUAUUGAACAGGAACCAGAACCAGAAUCUGAACCCGAAGCAAUUGAGCCAAAAAUUUUUGAUGUUCCAAGUGUUUCAAUUGAAUCUCAACUUGAAGAGCCAUCAACUGAAGGUGAAACAGUGCAAGAAAAACCAAACGAAUCAGAGCAACAGCCUGAAAUAAUUCAACCAUCAACGAUAUCAGCAGUUCCAGUAUCAACAAUCGUUGCACCAAUCGCCACUCCAGUCGCUGUGAUUGCAUCACUGCUUCCGCCACAAAUCGACAAUCCAGAAGUGCUUUCAACUGUGCCGCUCAAAUCAACCGAAAGUAAGAGCAUCGAAGAUUUGAGCCAAGGUUUCUUUUAUCCACAUAUCGUGAAUUCACAACAAUUGACACCGUUGAAUUUCAGUAAAAGCAAUGAACAGUCCGUUGUUAAAGAGCCAGUAAUCAAAUCGUUAACACCCAUUCCAAUCGAAUUGCUAAAAACGCCAUCCGCGACGACUAAAACCACACAAGACAUCGAACCAAAAUCGCCAUCACCAACAAUGGAACGCGAGCCAAAUAUUUCAGUAAGUGUGAUAAUGCCCAACCCAGAUGUAACACCAAUUGAUUUAUCACCCGUGAAUCUUUCGUCUGAACAAAAGGCAAGUGGUCGAAAUUCGGGCUCUGGCCGUCGAACCAAACCCACCAAAGUUGUAAAGAGUUAUUCAUCGGUGAAAGAUGCCAUUAACAAUUUGGAUGUUUUGGCUGAGGCGGCUCUAUUUGCCGAGCAAAUUCGAAGCAUAUCAGGUGGUAAUUCUAUUGCACUAAAAUUGAUUGAGCCAAUUGAUGAAAGUCAGGCUACGGCAUCAUCGCUUGAUGUAACGCCAACAAUAACACCGACCACAAGCUUUACACCAGUUAUUGACGAACAGCAGCCAAGCACAAGUGGCGUGUCAACACCAAAAACCGAAGAACCAACAAGAAAGUCGCGAUCGUCAAAGGCUGAGAAACAGAAUACAGUUUCGUUGCGUAAAUCGACUCGCAUCACACCAGCGCGUCAAGCGAAAGAGUCGGCCACCGAUAAAAUGGGCGAAGAACGACGCAGCUCAAGACGUGGCAAAAAGAUUCAAGAAUCGGAAGAGGAAAUCAUCGAUUACGAUCAAACGUUGGAUAAAUUGAAGAAAAUGACGGAAAAGAAAAAGGCAACGAUUUUCCGUGCCGUUGACACAAUCACCGAAAUCAGCCCGUUCAAAAUUCAACCACCAGCCGAAGCGCCACAAAAGAAAGCCAAUGAAACGUAUGUACAGAAACCGGUUCGUGAGCAAGCAUUGAAGAGUCAUCGAUUGAAAUCGCGAAAGGAAGAGAAAAGCUCGUCCUCGUCGUCGUCAUCAAGAUCAAAGAAGCCAGAAAAAGGAAAGGAAAAGGAAAAAACGAAGCGAGAUCGAUCAAGAUCGUCACGCGAUCGUUCGCAAACUUCAUUGUCACACAACGAAAGCGAUGAUAUGCAAAGUGCUGGUGAAACAAGCAACGAACAAGACUUCCUUGCCGCUCUCAAUUUAGUUGAGCGUAAGAAUGCACUGAAACGGUCUCGGUCCGAAGUCGAAUCACCGUCACCGAGAGACCAAGAAGAUAGCGUACCAGCGCCGGAAACAAGCACUCGCAAGAGUAAGCGCAGUAAAAAGUUGCAUCACAGCCACAGUUUGGAUAAUGUGCUAUCGGAUAAAUCGCAUAAAUCCAAUGUCAAGGAUGUGUUCACACCGGAACCAAGUCCAAAGCACGACGAUACCACUUGUUCUAUGGAUAGCACUUCGACGAGUGUAAAAUCAUUUGCAUUCUCAACACCAUCGAAAGAGCCGCGACCAUGCAUGGAGAAGAAACUGUCCACGGAUGAGAAUAAGUACAUGUCACCGUUGGAAAUGAAGAAAGCAUUCGUAUGCAAAUGCAAUUUGGAUCGUGAUCGCAUACUGAAGCGCAUCAAACAGUUUAACAAUAAAGUUCCAUCGCAACGAAACGAUGACGAUGUGGUGGGUUUGAUCACCGAUUCAAUACCAAAUGAUUACAUGGAAACCCGAACAACACUCAUCAAAAUCAAGAAAAUCUUUUUCCAGCGUUUCGUCGAUUUGAUGCAACAGCUCAAUCUGAACAUCCCAUAUUUGGAUGAAGUACAAGAAAAGCUUCGUGGCUUGCAUCAGAUUAUAUCGAUUGACAAUAAGAUUUUCGAUGAUGUCAACGAAUCAUAUUCACGCAUGAAAGACUGUUACAUAAGUACCUCAAACUUGACAUACACAUCGCAAUCGAACAAGUACUUGGAAAACUUUGAAAAGUUCCUGCGAUGGUGGUCGCGUAAAUUCAAAUGCUAUUGCACGCCAAUACAGAAUAAAAAGUAUUCCAAGAAAUUCUACGACACCGAAGAGUCCAUUUCAAGUGAUAGCAAUAGUCAAGAGAAGGACUACUCAUUGGCAAAACAAUCGCCGCGUAAGACAAAGAAAGGUGACGAUGAAUCGCAAGUCACAACGCCCACAAAAAUUGUACCUGAACCACCAUCCAUUCCAAUCGAUUCAAAUGCAGCGCUUCCGUCGACGGCAGUCGCUCCAAUACCAAUGUCCGAACAACCACCACCACCGCCACCAAAAACACCCGAAAUCCAUGUCACCACGUCACCUGUCGCUAUUGCUGCAACCACAUCAACACCAACCACAUCCACACCACCAGUACCUGCAUCGAUUCCAUCGUCAACCGAUCCUCAAUUCAGUUUGCCCAUUGAUCCGGCCAACACGAUCAUUUCAUUUCCAAACUUUAUAUCCGAAUCGGCGGACAUUGAAAUUACGAAAAAUCCAUCGCCACCGCGAUACGGCAACGACGAUUCAUUCUCAAAACUUGAAAUCAAUUCAAGUGUGGAUGGCAUUGAGUUCACAUGUUUCGACGAUCAAUUGCGACAAAUCGAAGAUUUUCCUGCAAGCAAACCAUUCGAUCCGGAAGAUAUAUCAAUGUGUGAUAUGCCCAUCGAAAUACCCGAAUCGAACAACCAUGCUCAAAUUAGCAUCGAAGAAACAUCGGCCAUGUUCGAUAAUUAUAAUAGUGGUGGUUUCAACGAUCGUGCCGAUCCAACUAUGGCUACGGGUAUGUUGUUUGCAACACGACCCGAUCAAGUGAUGUCCGUGGAAGAGGCAUUCUUCCCACUCACCGACAAUCACAUGACCCACAUCAAUUCCAUGGGCAAUAUUUAUCGGUGUGCGGCACCGAAAGAAAUUCUCGAUCCGUCACGCAUUGCGAAGAACGGCAAAAAGCGUUCCAAUUUCACCGUUAAUCAAACAUUCGAGCCACAACAGCCGCAACCAAAUCAAGCGGCAAACAAAUACGACACCUACUCGAAUGCCGAUAGCGAUAACAUGAAUGUGUCGGAAAAUAUGGACGAUAUGUAUGAUUAUUUGGAAACAGAUCUAUUUGACUUUGACUACCAAAUGCGACCGUUUGAAAUGCACGAGAACAGUAUUAAAUCGAAUGCGAUUGCGUGUAAAGUGAUCCAAAAUGAAAAUAUUCCAUGCAAUAACAAUGACAAUUGCGAACCGUUCGAUUCAAAAAACGAGCUAACGUCUAAAACCCCAACCAAAGACGUUGAUUUAAAUGUACCGGUCGAAAGUUCACCAAAUAAUAAUGCACCGAUUGAGAGUCCCGUUGCUCCAAAGUCAACAUCAGCUGCCGACACAGAGCUGAGCGACUCGUCAAUGGGCUAUGAACAAUCGAAAAUUCCGUAUGAAGAGAUGAUACCAUACGAUCCCGAUCCAACGCGGGGCCUCGAUCCCGAGGGAAAACUGUUGCUAACAUCGGCACCAGUUGAACCGAUGGACGAAGAGCAUACGGUGCCGAAAAUCGAAGAAUUCCCAUUCAAACAACCGUCCGUACCGUACACAAAUGGCUCGAGCAGUCGCAGUCAUUCGUCAAGUAGACAUCACAGUUCCGAAGGUCACAAAUCCCAUAAAUCGAAGCGAAAAAACCAGCAAGUCGCCGGCGAUGAAGCUCCAUCAAAAUUUUUUAGAUCAGGCAGCCGAAAAGGUGGACCCCCUUCUUCGACCGGUGACAAUUUCAACGUACAUGUCAUUCACUUGCUGCAAUCAAAAGGCGUCCAAAAAUUUCCAAAAGAAUCGCAAAAAUUAGAUAACGAUGAAAUUGAUGAGUGUGACGGUGAAAAUGAUCCGUAUGCGCCAGCAUCGCCAAAAUUUCACAUCAAUGUUAAAGAAGUGCCGCCACCGACGUACAUAAUCAAAAAUAUCCAUGUGUACACCAAUUCAAAGCACAAAUCAUCGCGAAAAUCAUCGAGCAAAUCGAUGGGUAAAUCGAGCAAAUCGAGUAAAUCGUCGAAACAUCAUCAUCAUCAUAGCCAAAAUCACAAAAGCCACGGCCACAGUCACAGUCAUAGCCAUAGCCAUAGCCAUAGCCACAGCCACAAUCAUCAUCAUCACAGUAGCAAUUCGGAAAAAUCGUCCAACAGUGAACGUGAAGCGAAAAUUUUCAAAAUCAAAAUCAAAACAUUGCCACCGACUGAUGAGCAAAAGGCACGCAAACGACGUGAAAAAUUGUAUCAUGAUUCAUCAGAAGAAUCUUGGGAUGAAGACGAAGAGGAAGAGCAAGACAGCGAUGCUCGUUGGCAAGCUGUCCGUUAUAGUUAAACAUCCACAGCGCAUCUUUCAUUCGUUCUCUUUCUAUCCCUCUCCAUGUUAUCGUUUACCGAUAGAAACACCAAACAAAUUGUUUUUUUUUUAUUUGAUUGACGCGAUAGAUAUGAGUAGGAUACAACAUAUUGCUGUAUGCACAAUAAAAUCACCAAGGAAAAUUUUUAACAAACAUUGUGGUUUGGGUACGCGUCGUUCUGUCCAUCCUGACUCCGAAUUUCUGUUCUGGUCUAUUGUCUCAAACUGUAUUUUCAUUCUACUGUGUUUUGCAUCCUCAAUUGCAUCGAGCUUUGACCGAAACGAGAUGUGUGCUUGUUAUAUCCAUUUUAUAUAUUUAUCUUCUUUUUCUUUAGGUGAAAAUUUGGUUAUCGUUUCUUGAUUUCGUUUGUUGUGAAGGUUGCAUUGAGAAAGAAAAAAUUAAAGCUAAAAAGCAAAAAUCGUCCAGUACGAUUCCAACAGUCAACAAUCAACAAAUUUUGGCUACAUGCGAAGCGUAAGAGUUACAUAAAUUUAUUAUCUCUACAAUUUUUUUUUCCUAUUUUCAUUUGCAUUUGAAAAACAAACAAAAUAUUUCUCUUUUUUAUGUUCAAAUUGUUAAAUCAUAUUCACAAAUUUUUUUUUUUGUUCAAAUAUCUGAGUGAGAUAUCUUCGAAUGCAUGCAUCUAAAUGCACAACAAAGAGCUAAUUCUUCACGUUACCUCAGAUUUACUUACAAAACAUAUUGUAUAUGAUUUGUCCACAUUUAUUGUUUUUUUUAACGUUUAAUUGACAUUUAAACUGAUUUUAAUUUUGAGACAACAAUAUGGAAGAAGAAAAACUGAUGCGGGACAGUAAAGUUUCACUCUGUUGGUGUGAACAACUCCAAAAAACAAACAAAACAAUUGUGUAUAUACUAAAAAAUAUCAAUAUCUAUAUAAAUUUAAUAGAAUUGAAAAGAAACAACAAAAAAAAAACAUGAAAAUUAGUGUUCGUAAAAAUGGAAGAAAAAACAACAACAGGAACAAAAAGAAAAAUGGGUGGAAAAUCAAAUACUGUCUAUUUUCCUUCGACAACGUUUGUUCUCCGUUCAGUUCUGACAUUAGUAAUUGUAUAUAAAUAAGGAGUAAAAUUUAAAGAAAAAAAAUAACUGUGAUUAACUGAAAUUAAUAAAAGUGUAAAGGAGUUACAACGUACUAAUUAUUUGUAAAUUUCAACAAACAAAACAUGCCGAUGCAGAGAAAUGCAUCCGCAACUACUAUUAGAACUGCAAACAAAUGAACAUUUUUAUGUAAUAAUUAAAGAAAAAAUCAACAACAAACAUGAGUUACUACAGCGUAAAUAGUGACACGAUUUUUGUUUUCGUUUCUGAUGUAAAUCAAACACACAAUAAGGAAUAAAAUUUAAUUUAAAAUUA